AUGUUUACAUUGCCCGGAGGCUUUGAGUCUGUAGUAGUAUUUGAGUCUUUGAUCGCGAGUGCAAUAUGCACAUGUCAACAAGCUUGUAUCCAAGAUGACAUCCGUCACAAAGCUAAGUCGCCGCCGGCUUUGAUCUUAGCUAGAACUGGCUUUAGGCUGGCUAUAAGGCUUCUAUGUUUCAUUGGUGCAAGUUACGGAGUGACAUCCAAACUUGACUUCGGAGAGGAAGAAGCGUCUGUGGUAACCAAUUCUAGUAAGGAAGACGAUGAUGUUGAAGUAAAACACACAAUUGUAGUGUCCACAAAGCUGAGGAAUAAUAAUCGUAAAGGAAUACAUACUAAUGAUGACUCGAGCAGUUUCUUGCACUCGCCAGGGAUGAGUAACUCUAAGAAAGAUGACAGCGGUGAAGUACCAGUUGUGUCAGCUUAUAAAUCUGUUGAAACAACAAAAAUUCGAACCCCGGACACUCGUUUUAAGACAACAGUUUAUCCAGAUUUUGUAUCAAUAAGAAGAAACUCGAGAGACGAAUACGAUCGCUAUCCAAAUAUAGGCUUGAAUCAGUUCAAGCCAUCGAGCUUUUACAAUAAUAUAAACUGGUGGAAUCAAGACACCAACAUUCAUAGAUAUAGACCAGAUUAUACGAAGACCAAUAAAGGGUAUAACGACGAUGGUGUGAGAGAAUUUUACUGUAGAAAAUGCAGGGAAUUAAGUGGACCUAGAGGAUGCAUCCCAAGAAGCAAUUCCUGGAUAAUAGAAAGCACUACACCGAGAAUAAAAAUCGAUGGCAAGAUAGCCAAGCUAAAUUGA